GUCUCGAGUUGUCGACGACCUCCUCCACUGCUGUGCCACUGAGAACAAGGUGUCCACCGCCUACCACCCGCCAACGAAUGGCCUUACGCAACGUCUCAACCGAACACUCACAGAGAUGCUGUCGAUGUGUUCAUGGCGAUGCUCGGUUCACCGUCGGCCGUCGCACUGCAGCGCCUGGGUUAUCCAUCGGAAAAUACCGGACCUAAUGAAGACACCGAGCUGAAAGGUUUACGUUGGACGCGCAGUCAAUCGUCGAGUCCGUCACCGGAUCAACCACCAGUUCUGGAUACGACUGCAUUGCUCGGCUGGCAACAUAGAACCUUAUCUACGACAAGCGCAGUACUAAAGCACAGCCAUUUCGACAGCACUUCGGGCCACGACACCGCAGCUGUGAUGCCACGUUCACUUUUAAUGCUUGUGCAGGCAGGUACAACAUCAGGAAUCUAAACGAAGCUGCCUGGGAUAUGUACCAACGGUACGGGCCCGUAGUAGGGGAGCACCUUCCUGGAAGGCGGGUCCUGGUGCACCUCUUCAGCGCGGACGAUAUUCGGACCUUGUACCAGGAGGAGGGAAGGACACCUUACCGCAUGGGAGCACUACCGUUCAAAUUUUACCACACAGACAGGAAGGAGUACUUUGCCAACACUGGGAUACUUAAUGCGCAGGGUGAAGAAUGGCGCCAGAUCAGGACAGCGGUUCAGCCUUGCACCUUGAAGCCCCGAACUAUUCAGUUGUAUGCUGAAGGAAUGAGCCAGAUUGCCGACAGUGCCUUGGAGCUCAUCGCCAGUGACCGGGACAAAAAUGGAGACGUGCCGGACUGCUACACGAUCAUGCAGAGAUGGGCGCUGGAGUCUGUCAUGUUUGUUGCUCUAGACAAGAGACUGGGUCUACUCGAGAAUCCGCUGCCACCCGACUCGGAUGCAGCUGGGAUACUUAAUGCAGUUUUCACAAUUUUUUCUGACCUGGACAAAUUGGUGACGCGAUUUCCUUACUAUCGGUACUUUCCAACGCCCACAAUUCGGAGGUUUCAACGUGUUGGAGAUUACCUAGUUCCGCGCCUGUUUCACACGAUAAAGGAAGCUGCAGAGGAAGCGAAAUCAAAGGAAGACGACAGUCAGAAUUGCACCAUCCUCCAGCACCUCUACAAUCUGCAGAAAAUGGAAUUCAAGGAAAUUUUUACUUUUCUCCACGACUUUCUUGUUGGCGGAACUGAUACGACGUCUGGUGCUGCCACCUACACGUUAUAUUGCUUAGCUAUGAACCCAGCAGCCCAAGAGAAAGCACGGCAGGAAGUUCUCGCUGCAAUGAAGGACAAUUCUGGGACAUUUUCUGGAGACAUUAUUCAUCACUUAGACUACGUCAAAGCCUGCAUAAAAGAGGCACUCCGAUUUCACCCCAUCAUACCAGGAGUGAACAGGAAAAUAAACCACGACGUCGUAAUGUCAGGUUAUUGCAUACCGGCUAAUACUGUGUUACGAACAGAGCAUUUCGUAGCUGGAAGACUAGAGGAGAACUUCACUAGGGCUUCGGAAUUUAUACCCGAAAGGUGGCUGCGAUCGAGCGAUGAACAUUCAUCCAAUAAGAAUGACGAUACAUGGAACCUGCACCCAUUCGCCUCUCUCCCAUUCAGCAUUGGACCAAGAAUGUGCAUUGGCAGAAGAGUCGCUGAAAUGGAGUUGUGCAUUUUUCUGGCCAAGGUGCUGCACAGGUACCGUGUGGAGAACCAUCACGGUGAAAUCGGUUUUCUUACACAAUUCACCAGUAGGCCUGAAAAGCCAGCAAAGUUUCGGUUUGUGGAAGUUAGCAAUGCAAUUUAACAUAUCUAAAAGCUAACAGAAGCCGUCGUUGCGGUUACGUCGUCAUUGUGAAGUUUGUAGCCUUCACCUGAAGACAGAAAUUUCGUGGAGAAAUAAAGAAUAUA